UGAAGGCGGGCGAAGCACAGGAAAAACUUACCAAAAGCUGGAAACCUGGAAGAAAAAGGCAUGGGGAACUAAGGAAGUCAGUGAGCAAGUUUCAAAUUCCCACGCUUUAUUUACAUCUGAUCUUUGUCCACAGGGAUGACAGGUGUUGGAAUACAGGAAACUGUUAGCCAGAUGUUCCAUUGUACAGAACUAAAAGUUCAGAAUUGAGAAAGCAGAAAGGAACAUAAAAUUUCUGGAUUAAGUGCUUCAUGAGGCUUAACAUAGCAACACAAAUAUUUAAAUUGCCCCUACAGUUUACAACCUUAAGUGCUGUAUUUUAUAUAAAAGGCACAAAAUGAAUAUUGUUAUUGAAAAAAUUGGAUGCACCAGAGGACUUCGGAUCACUGAGAUCAAAACAUGGAACAUACUGAGAAAUCACAAGUGCACGCGGAGAAAGGAAUUUCAAAAGUACCAGCUCGUUUUCUAAGAAGGUAGGAAGCUGAUCAAGUCACCGAACUGCAAACCUGACAUUCUGAUGAGCCAACAGAGGAGUAAAACAGUUUUGCUCAAAACAUACAAUGCACAGACAUCACAACACCAAAAAUAACAGCAAGGACUCUUAGGAAAGAUAAAACGUUACCUCUCAAAGAGACCACUGCCAUCUCCAACUGACCGGAAGAAGUUCGAUCAAGACUUUGCCAUGUCCACUUCCUUUCAUGGGAUACAUAAUAUUGCCCAGAACCAGAACAAAGUUCGAAAGGUGAUCUGGCUGGCUGUGGUGCUGGGCUCUGUCUCGCUCUUGGUGUGGCAAAUCUACAGUCGUUUGGUCAAUUACUUCACAUGGCCAACGACAACAUCUAUAGAAGUUCAGUAUGUGGAAAAAAUCGAGUUCCCAGCUGUGACACUCUGUAACUUGAACAGAUUCCAAACAGAAGCAGUAUCUAGAUUUGGCAUCAUUUUCUUCUUGUGGGACAUAGUCUCCAAAGUCCUCCGCCUUCAGGAAAUCAGUGCCAACAACACUGGCUCUCCAGAGACCUUAGAUUUUGUUACGAAUCACCAAAACUUCAGCAUUACAGAGUUUGUCAAGAACAAUGGUUUUUAUCUCAAUAACGACACUUUGGUGCACUGUGAGUUCUUUGGCAAAACAUGCAGUCCAAAGGAUUUCAAACACGUCUUUACUGAAUAUGGGAAUUGCUUCACUUUUAACUACGGUGAGAAUAUCCAAAACAAGAAUAAAGUGAGUGUGUCCGGAAGAGGCUUAAAGCUGCUCCUCGACGUCCAUCAGGAGGAAUUCACUGACAACCCAGUCCCUGGUUUUGCUGAUGCUGGUGUCAUCUUUGUUAUUCACUCACCAAAGAAGGAGCCACAGUUUGAUGGCUUAGGUUUGUCUUCUCCUGUGGGAAUGCAUGCACGGGUGACCAUCCGCCAACUGAAGACGGUCCACCAGGAGUACCCAUGGGGAGAAUGCAAUCCCAACAUCAAGCUGAGAAACUUCAUUACCUACAGCACUUACGGGUGUCUGAAGGAGUGCAAAGCCCGGCAUAUACAAAGGCUGUGUGGAUGUCUGCCCUUUCUGCUUCCAGGAAAUGGUGUAGAGUGUGACCUACUAGAAUACUACAACUGUGUGUCUCCCAUCCUUGAUCACAUCGAGCGUAAGGGACUAUGCACGAUGGGAACACACAACUCCAGCUGCCCUGUGUCAUGUGAGGAAACAGAAUACCCAGCUACUGUUUCUUAUUCUACUUUCCCAAGUCAAAGAGCAACAAGGUUUCUUGCCAAGAAAUUGAAUCAAAGCCAAGAAUAUAUCCGGGAGAAUCUCGUGAACAUUGAAAUAAACUAUAGCGACUUAAACUAUAAGAUAACGCAGCAACAGAAGGCCGUGAGUGUGCCUGAGUUACUUGCAGAUGUUGGCGGUCAGCUGGGACUGUUCUGUGGAGCUAGUUUGAUUACAAUUAUAGAAAUUAUUGAAUAUUUUUUCACCAAUUUCUACUGGGUACUCAUUUUCUUUUUGCUGAAAAUACUUGAAACGAUACAGCGGACUUCUCCACCUCAGGCAGUUUAAAAGAAUGUGAAUAUUCUAUUAAAAUAAAAGUGUUGGUUUUCUUUUCAUACUACAUUUAAUUAUAAUCGCUUAUUCACUGUUAUGAGACUUUAUGUCACAGUUUGGAAAGUCUAAUAAAAAUCAUUGAAGAUUCCCA